CUGGAUGAUGCGGCUCUGCAGGUGUACAAAGAUGGAGACUAUGGAGCGUACCUCGAUCUGGAAUCGUCGCUGGCCGAACAAUCGGAAGACAUUGAAGGUCUUAACUCGAACCGCAAAAAUUCACUGGUCGUCCGUACGCAGCUCAGUGUUCGAGUUCACUCCAUUAUCGAAAAGCUACUUUCCUCCGAAGGUCGCGAACUGCGACGGGUGCUCUUUUCGCUGAAGCAAAUCUUCCAGGAGGACAAGGAUCUGGUGCACGGGUUCGUCGCCCACGGGGGCCUUAACUGUCUGGUGCAGAUUGGCAGUGAGGCGGACCAGAACUACCAGAACUACAUACUGCGUGCCCUCGGUCAGGUGAUGCUGUACGUGGACGGUAUGAACGGUGUGAUGAAGCAUUCGCCCACCAUCCAGUGGCUGUACUCGCUGAUCGCUUCCCGGUACCGGUUGGUGGUGAAGACCGCACUCAAGCUGCUGCUCGUCUUUGUCGAGUACUGCGAGGGCAACUGUUACCUGCUCGUUAGCGCCAUCCGGUUCAUGGAUACGGCCCGGGCAGUUGUCCCGUGGAACAACAUCAUGCGGCUACUCAAAGAUUACGAGAAUGCCGACACCGAACUGUUGAUCUACGCCACGUCACUGAUCAACAAAACCCUCUCGGGGCUGAGCGAUCAGGACAGUUUCUACGACGAGAGUGACUUUCUCGAGCAGCAAGGCAUGGAGGGCAUCAUCCAGCGGUACAUGUCCCGUCCCGGCACGGAUCUCGAUCUGCUUGACCAGCUGCAACUGUACGAGAGUGUACUACGCUUCGAGGACGGCGAGUGCGACGGUAUACGCAUACCGGACAAUACCGUCCGCAAGACACUUCGCUAUCGUUCCACCGGCAACGAUACGACCGAUCGACGGAAAUCGCGCCGCCACAGCACGGGUACCGCUCCACCUCAACCUCCUUCCAUGGCUCCACCUCCCCCACCACCUCCACCACCGCCUCCGCCUUUGCCAGCCUUCCCCAUGUACUCGGCACCACCCAGUGGUCCACCACCUCCACCACCGCCCCCAUUGCCACCGCCGAUAGCACCGGUGCAGCUGUACGGUGGAUUGCAACUGCCCGGACAGCGCCAACAGGACGAGGACAGUUCCAGCUCGGCGCACAGUGGAGAUCAUCUCCCUGGUACCGGCUAUCACGAUCCAUCCCGUGACACUACCGGCGUGACGCCCGGAUUGCGUCGACGUCGGGAACGGGCCGAGCGGCAGAAGAAUUUAAUUCGCGAACAGCAGGAACUCGGCCAAUUCCAGAACGGGUGCAUUCCUACUGCGGAGGACGGAAACAGCCUCAAUAAUGGAUACACUGCGGUGCACUGGAAUGGCGCCCACUACCGAAGAUCCGGCGGACUCACCAACGGUUCGGGCAUUGGAACAUCUACGAACUCCUCGCUGCUCGCACCGCCUACCAUCCACGAAGAAGAUAAGCUUACGUUACGGCUGAACGGUGGUCUAACCUCGUCUGUGAUUUUGCACAAGCAACAACCCUCUAAUCAUACGGAGCACAUAAACGGUAUCGCUCAGACUAAUGGCAACGGGACGGGCAUCAAUGGGUCAUCAUUGCUGGAUAGUGUGGAGUACCGCAAUAGUCGUAACCUGCUGCUCAACAAACAUGCCAGCAGUGGUUCCAAUGGCAUGGCCUCCGACCGUUACAAGGUAGAUCUCAAUGGUAAUAGCGUAAGAAGUGUGCGCGGCUGUACGGAACAGGACGAUGAGAAUAAAAGUCCCAACAUUAAGACCCCGAUGCCCCCGAGCCACUCGAUGAGUGCGUACGGUAAGCAGCUAACAAACGGUAAGGAUUCCUCAGACACGAGCUACCAUCGGCGAUCCGGCACGAAUGCGGGCUACGAACGGACGAAUGGUACCAUGAACGGUAGUCAUAUGGACGUCAAAAGCCAAGAUCUCCCACCGGUUCAAGAAUCGGACAACGAAGAUAAGAAACUGAUCCUCCAACUGAAGAAGGACCAUACGGUCAAAGAUCUGACGCAGAAGCUCAGCUGUUUGCCACUUAGCCCACAGGAAGAGAAACCCCAGAACCCCCGCAUCGGUGACAUGUCCGGACUGAUUUCCAAGGCGAAGGAAGGUUUGGCGAAGAGCAAAAGCAACAAGGACAUCUCGCGAUCGCCCAGCGUGGAUAACGACAUCAAAAAGCUGGCCAACGGUGAAUCGAAGAAGUCCGAAAACGAGCUACACUGGGAAGAGAUCGUGAAGAACAUGACGCGCAAGCUGAGCCUGUGCGAUCUGGACUUUACCGAUCUCACCUCGGACGACGAUAAGGACCUGCUGGCACCGCGUGGCCUUGGUGGAGCGGUACCACCACCUCCACCACCCGGCGGUAUGCUCAUGAACGGAAUGCCACCACCACCGAGCAUGAUGCGUCCGCCACCCACCAACCUAGUGCCACUGCCCGGUCACAUGCUGAACGGUAUGCCCCAACUCAACAGCCUCGACGGGUCGGCUACCAUUAAGAAAAACAAAAAGACUGUGAAACUGUUCUGGAAGGAGGUACGCGACGAUAUGAUUCCAGCGAUCAUUCAACGCACCAUCUGGGACGAGCUGCCGGAAGCGAUUGUCGACACGCAGAAGCUGGAGCAUCUGUUCGAGUCCCGAGCCAAAGAUUUGAUGACAAAGAAGCAACAGGAGCUGAACAAGAACAAGGAAAUCAUCGUCCUGGACCACAAGCGCUCGAACGCGAUCAACAUCGCCAUGACGAAGCUGCCUCCCCCGAGAGCCAUUAAAGCGGCCAUUCUGAAGAUGGACUCGACCGUCGUAACGCGCGAAGGCAUCGACAAGCUGCUGAACAUGCUGCCAUCGGACGAGGAGCGGUGCAAGAUACAGGAGGCGCAGAUGCUCAACCCGGAGCUACCGCUCGGUACGGCCGAACAGUUUCUGCUGACACUGUCGUCGAUUUCGGAGCUGGGCGCCCGGCUGAAGCUGUGGGCAUUCAAGCUGGACUUUGAGAAUAUUGAGAAGGAGAUAGCGGAACCGUUGAACGAUCUGAAGCAGGGCAUCGAGCUGCUCAAGUCCAACCUUACCUUCAAGUGUAUCCUUUCGACGCUGCUGAACAUCGGCAUCUUCCUGAACGGUGCGCCGGUGAAAGGCUUCCAGAUCGACUAUCUGGCGAAGGUGCCGGAGGUGAAGGACACGGUGCACAAACACUCGCUGUUGCACCAUCUCUGCCACAUGGUGAUGGAAUCGCAGGCCAACACCACGGAUCUGUACUCCGAGAUUGGGCCGAUAACGCGCGCCUCCAAGGCGGACUUUAACGAGCUGGCCCACAACAUCGUGUAUCUGGAGACGGAGUGUAAGGCAUCGUGGGACCGGUUGAAGCUGAUCGGCAAACACGAUACGGCACCGCAUCUCAAGCAGAAGCUGAUCGAUUUUUUGGCCGACUGUGCCGAACGGAUUAUCAUUCUGGACAUUGUCCAUCGGCGGGUCUUGAAUAGGUAUCGGAAGUUCCUGCUGUGGCUUGGUGUGCCACAGCUACGCAUCGCCGAAUCGCGCCCGAACGAGUUCUGCCGGAUCGUGUCCGAGUUUGCGCUCGAGUACCGGACGACGCGCGAACGCGUCCAGCAGCAGAUCGAGAAGAAGGCCAACCAUCGAGAGAGAAACAAGACUAGAGGCAAGCUGAUUGUGGACGUUGCCAAAUUCAAAACGCAAGAAGAUCGGGCCGAUGAUGAGCUGCGCACCCUGCUUGGAACACCCACCAAGGGUCCCGGUGGUGAUGAGGUCGAAAUGAGCGGUACCUUAACAUGGCGCCGGCGUCGUGGUGAUGCGACGGCAUCACCGGUAACGCUCAUGAACUCGCACCCAACCGUACCGAGUCCCGGGCACAAUUCCGGCACGGUAAUCGGUGGUCGGGACGAAUUCUUCACCGAUGGCGAUGACGAAAUAUUGGAGUCGCUGGUAAAAACUGCCACCAAAACGGCCACUCCACGACCGAUGCAAAGGGAGCGGAAACGCACGCGCCAGGCCGAUCGGAAAUCAUUACGACGCACGUUGAAGAACGGAUUAUCGGAGGAGGAAAAGCAACAUGUGGCCUCGUUAAUAAAAGGAUAUUGAAUUCGGGCCGCAUCAUCGCACCCGGAGAGACAACGGACGAAGGACAUUCGUGCUCGAGGGGGUUAUACCCGCGUGUAUGUGUGUAGCUCAGUCGGUAAAAGAAAAGAAACAAGCAAUCGGAAUUUUAGGAAUAGAGAAAACCAGUGAGAAAAGCGCCACCCGCGAGCAAAUGAUGUUCCAAGAUCGAUACGCCUCAUCGACCAUUCUGUUCCGCAUGAAAUGACAUCAAUGGGAUGGGAUCAGUGCGAACGACUCUGUCGCUGCUUCACGAGCCACGAAAUAGAUUAUUUUACAUCACUACCAAAAGGGAAUCCGCCAGCAAACGGAAAGCUUUCACCAUUGCAUACUUUCCAGGCGCUAAAGAAAAAAAAACCGACCGAAUCAAAGAUAGAGUAUAGGGAAUGGUUGGCCUUUGGCAGUGCAUAUCGGGCGUUUGUGUAGAGCGAAACGAGGAUAUCGUAUUAAAACUAAUUUCAAACCAAACCGACCGUUUGCUGCAUCGCCAAUGUGAUACAAGAAAUGGGUUAAAAGAUAAGAUUUUAACGAACAAAAAAGACUCAAUCCUUAUGAAAAUCAAAGAUUCAUUGGGAAAAAAGCAAUGCGUGCGUCGAAAGGCAAGGACCAACCAAACAGCAAACGGCAGCAAGUGGUUGCAGUGUACAGAAGACCGAAGCAAAUUUAGCAACAUUAAUUUACUUAGCAAUCACAUACAACAAUUAACAUUCAAUGGAAAGAGUAAAACGACAGCAGAUCGACACCAGUGGAGGGUAAAUGUGCUGGACAAAAGUUUAUGCAUUACACAAUAGUCCAUUUCAAAAAGCAAACACAACGUCCGCAUUAAUGAACGACACAUAUAAGAACUAUUAAUAAAUUAUA